AUGGCUCUAGAUCCAAAACCGCAAGGGCGCAAGCGCGGUAGGCCUGCAAACGCGUCCAAACAAGCCCCCAGCGCGUCGCAAGAUCGACCAGACGAGUAUGAAGCCGAUAUCGAAGAAGCUGCGCGUCCGAAACAACGAGGACGACCAAAGAAAAAAGCGCAAGAAGAUGCGCCCGAGGAAGAGGUAGCGCAGGCGGAGAAACCCAAAAAGAAGCGUGGUCGACCUUCACUGGAAGAUAGGAAUGCGGAAAAGUCGACAGAAAAUGCACCGCAACCGAAACGAAAACGUGGUCGCCCUUCACUAGAGAAGAAUCAGGAUGCUCAAGAAGCUGAUCCAGAAACGGUAGAAGAGGCGGUCCAACCAAAGAGGAAGCGCGGACGCCCAUCUCUCGAAAAGAAUCAGGAUGAGGAGCCUGAGCAGGAAACAGAAGAUGCUGGAAAGCAAAAACGAAAGAAGAAGUCGAAGGAGACACAGAUUGAAGAGCCGGAGGAGCAGCCCCAACCGCGAAAAAAGGGCCGCAAGGCAGCUCAACAACCUGAGCCGGAGCCAGAAGAACCAGAAGCAGAACAAGCACCAGCACCAGCACCCCGAAAGAGACAGCGUCUUGAAACCAAAGAGCCCGAGCCUGAACCUGUAUCUGAACAAGAGGAGCAACCACGACGAAGCCCACGGGAUUCUUUGCGCGAUCUUGGCGAAGAUGCCAAUAACAGGGGCAGCAAAGCCGAAAGGUCUAAAAAGAAGAAGGAUCGUGUAUCACAGGAAAAUGCAGAAGAUGAACAACCCGAAGAUGCUCCCAAGAAGCGUGGUCGCCCAAAAGGGGGAAGGCCAUCGGCUGAGACCGCGGAUGAACCACAAGAAGAGCCACAAGAGACGAAUAAGAAGAAACGUCGUGGCAAGGAGAAAGACGAUGCACCCUCUGACUCAGACGAAUCUCUCGCCUCUCCGCCAAAGCCAUACAUCCACAUUGCUUCCUUUAAACGCACAAUUCGCUCCUCCAAAGUUGCGGCAGACUGGUCCGGUCUAUCGGGCGCAUCACUUCCCACUACUAAAUCCAUCCUCAAACUCGCCCAACAACCUAUCCUGCAACGCAUGGCCCCGACGAACAACCGACGCACCCAUGCCUCUGCGGCAUUACAUCUCGUCUACCGCCGCAUGGAACGUAAACUCGCCCGUGGUCUACCCUUCCCCCCUGGGAAUCCAUCAUCAAAGACUACAAAACAGCGCCUGGAUGCUGAUGGGGGUCGUGCCCUGGAGCUUGAUUUUGAGGCGGUGCUCGAUGGGAAGGCGGCGUUGGAGAGGCAGCUUGUGCCUGGGAUGCAUGCAGUUGAGCUAUUGAAGGCGGAGAAGGAGAGGAUGGAGAGAGAGCUUGAGAGAGAUUAUGAAAAACUGAGGAACUUGGAGGCAAAUGCGAGGGCACAAACAAGAGAGCGGAAGGAUUUGUUCCGAAAAGCUCAUGGUCUCGCACCGACAUCAAGGCCAGCCAGCAAGGAUCAAGAUACAACUUUUGUUACUGACACCAAAGAUCAGGAAAGUCUCAAGGACAUUGUCAAUACACCUCUUGAGCCUAUAGCCCUGCAACUAGCAGAUCACGUCGAAAGCAUCCGUGGUAACCUCCAACAGGCUGAUGGGCUCACACCACAAUUGAGUCGGACAAAAGCUGCUUUACAGGAUGUGUUGCAGCGGUACCUAGAUGAAGUAACUUACGAGCAGGUUGUCCUUGGAUAA